GGCGCACAUUCCAAUCUGAACGUAACUUCUGGCAACUAUCUAUAUGAAGUUUUACUUACAGUUAUGUUCGUUAACACUGACGACUAUACCAAUAGAACAAUAGAGAAUAGUAAUCGCUUUAGACUAGUACAUACAUGUUCUUGUUUUCUCCGAUGACGCUCUCCUAUUUUAUCUCUCAUGUCGUAAAAAUAACCGUGAGUCGCGAUGUCAUACAGUUUCGCAAUGUUUUUUCAUUGACAUGACAGGAACCGACUAGUUAAUGCACCUAAAGUUUUAAAAAACAUUCUACUUCGUAUGCAGCAGUAAAACCUGCGCUUCUGAAGUUCUAAGUAGUGUGAAAUGACUGGCAACUUCAGGUGUUAUGACACAUGAAAAAAUGUAGCGCACUGACGUUUUAGGAUUAUCAUCCAUUAACUUCAUCAACGUGCCCAUCUGUAAUAAAAACAAAUGGUCAAAUUAAUUUUGUUGACUUACAAAUUUGUUCCUUAUGCCUUCCUGUUGAAGAAAAGCGUCCAACGUUCCCAGUUCCUCUUCAGAUGAUAAAGGGAACUGUUGAUUUGGCAGUCUGCAGUCGAAUUUUCACGCGGUGUGUUCACUGAGGUGUGGCAACUUGGACCGAUGCAUUUGCGCCCGGUCUUACGUUGUAGCUGACUGACUGGACAAAAUCUAAGUCAUAGUAUUUUAAGUAAAACAUUGUUAACGAAUAACUUUUGUGAAUAGGUAAUCUCUUUGUUAUGGAUCCACACUUGUUCAGUCUAUCAUAUGUGCCAUGUAAGAAGUCUUCGGUGCUUACAUUCACAAUUUUCCCUUAACUCAUACAAAUAAGAAUUUAGAAGUUCUGAUUAUUUAAUCACUUUAAUGUCAAAUUCAUACGUACUGCAGUUCAUCUCAUGGAAAAUGAGUGUUUUAUUGCCACUUCCCUAUACGGUCCUAAAUGGUCAGUCAGUCAGCUACAAAGUAGGACCAGGCAUAUAUAUGCAUCGGUCCAAGUUGCCAUACCACAUUAACACAACAAGAUGGACACCGGAUUCAUCAAAGUAGUUAAUUCAGUUGUGGUAAUAUAUAAAAGAAAGGUUGAACAUAAGGAUGGAUAUAGUACAGGGAGAAAGAAUUAGUUCGUAGAAAGAAAGAUAUGAAGCAAUUUUAAUCUCUUAGUUUAAGGGAAGACAGAGUGUAUACACCGACGCCAUUGUGAUCGAUUCUGAGCCAUGUCACCAAGAGUCUCCAACCAUUGGUUACGAUAGUCACGCGGACCCCAACCAAGUAGUCUGUAUUUACCAGCAUGGCUCAGACUAGAAGUUAGUGACUUCAAGCACUGAUGCCACGUUUUGGUUUGGCCACCCCUAACUUUCUUCCAACCAUCUCCAACACCGGUUAGCACUACACGUAGUGGUAAUCGGUGUUCAGGCAUACGUAACACGUGGCCCAACCAUCUCAGUCAAUGAAGAUUCACAACCUCAUCAACUGAUUUACCAUCAUUCCCUAAUACCCUGCGUAUAACCUCACUCCUGCCAGUCCACAAGAGCUGGCCAUCUGGUCGCCAGAUAUACGGAGGGUGUAUCUCGUCGGCUCUCCGUCUUGCCGAGAUGAGGUCAAGUGAAUGACCACACUGGAAUCCUAUAUGCGUGUUUCAGAGACACAGCAUACAUCAAUGGUACGAGAUUCUAGGGUUCUAGCUAAGGAAGCCUGUUGACCGAUUUGACAUAGGGUGCGUACGUUGAAGGCUCCAAUGUGUAGUUUGAAGCGAGGUUUCAGUAGACCUGGGACAGUGUUUUUAGCACUAGAAUCGUUGGCUAUGGUGACACUUGAGGGGGAAGCCGAAGGAGGAAGUUUAGAGGUGAAAGUCGAUGUAGGAACAAUAAUAGGAAGUGAAGAGGAAGGUUGAUUAUGAAUACAGUGGUCUUGAGUGCUGUUAGAGGUAUGAGGGCGGUUAUCACUUCCUGGUUGCCCACACUGUAGAAGGGCUCUUCUGGAGGUACCUGAAGAGGAAAUUGGGUUAAGAGGGAUCCUAGUGACCUGAGAGCGUGAUCGCAGUGCCCAUGGGACAACUGCUUGAGGUCGGUUACACACGACUUUUUUGUGAGUAGUUUUAUUGUUAGCUCCGUAAUUUUUGGAACCUUACCGCCAGAGAUGGAAAUCCGUGGGAUAAGACGAGGUGUGCACUUUCAGGUUUGACCCUUUCCAACCCCACCCUUCCUUGUGUGAAGGCAACAUCGCUGUUAUGCUGAUUGUCUAAAGGAAACACUUUACUGCCGUCACACCUCUGUAUAGUCUGCAGUACGACUUUGCCCUCGGACCUUGGGUUUGCUGCCUUUAGUCUUAGCACUCUUCAACCGACCUGUCUGGCAUUGUAGGACCUUGAAGGACGAUUGUUCCAACCAGUAUAGCUCAAUCGGUUCAUUACGAUAGGCAAGCCCGACCAUCACGUCAAUGUAGCAGUAACGGUCGGGAUGAUAAUUACUUUUUAGUAACCAUACCUCAGUUUAUUCACUAGUAUGACUUUCCGUCGGAACUUACGUUAGUCUAAUUGGACAGCCCAAAACCAAUUAGACGAUUUGGACUUCACAGAUGACCUAGCCCUCCUAUCGCAUACACACGAAUAAACGCAGAUAAAGACAGCCAGUGUAGCAGCAGUCUCUGCAUCAGUAGGCCUCAACAUACACAAGGGGAAAGCCAAUAUCCUCAAAUACAACACGAAGAACAGCAGUCCACUCACUCUUGAUGGCGAAACUCUGGAAGAUGUAGAAUCCUUCACAUACCUGGGAAGCAUCAUCGGUGAACAAGGAGGUUCAGAUGCAGACGUAAAGGCGAGGAUUGGCAAAGCAAGGGCCGCAUUCCUACAAUUGAAGAACAUAUAGAACUCAAAACUUUCAACCAAUAUCAAAGUAGGAAUCUUCAGUACGAACGUCAAGGCAGUUCUACUGUACGGAGCUGAAACUUGGAGAACUACAACAACCACCAUCAAGAAGGUACAAGUAUUUAUAAAUAGCUGUCUACGCAAGAUACUCAACAUCCAUUGGUCGGAUACCAUCAGCAACGGCCUUUUGUGGGAGAGAACAAUCCAGCUUCCAGUUGAAGAGGAAAUUAGGAAAAGACGAUGGAAAUGGAUAAGACAUACAUUACGCAAAUCAUCAAAUUGCACCACGAGACAAGCGCUAACUUGGAAUACUGAAGUUAAGCGGAAAAGAGGAAGGCCAAAGAACACACUAGGUUGGGAAAUAGAAUCAGAUAUGAAAAGAAUGAAUAACAACUAGAAGGAGCUGGAAAAAAUUGCCCAGUGCAGGGUUGGAUGGAGAAUGCUGGUGAGCGGCUUAUGCUCCUUCACGAGGAGUAACAGGCGUAAGUAAGUAAGUAGUAAUUGGCUUGCAUACUGAUGACAUUUAGAAACAGAUGUAUCAACCAAUCUAACUCAGAACUUCCAACGUUUCAACUGUACCGAUGAUUUAUGUGGCGUAUAUGUAUAUUUUGGUGGGCCUUUGCACUAAUGUUUGUGUGUAAAUAAAUAAACAUAGGAAUAUACGUUUCAGGUCUAAUAUGAAAACCAUUGUUGGUUUACUGUUUCUGAUAUAGAUAUAUGUUUGACAUUUAAUUCAAAAUAUAAUAGCCAUAUCAUUAUACUCGUAUUUUCACCUCAAUGUCGUUUCAUAAAUUUACCUUUAGAUUAUAAAAGAUUUUGUUGAUGCACUUAAGGAAUUCCACGUUUCCUUCCUUUAUUUCCCCAAAUCAGAGGUGUGGAUAGACCAGUUGAACAGUCAUCAUUCCUCCCCAACACUUCUAUCGGUAACAACUCAGAAACAGUUCUAAAUGAAUUACGUGGUGAUUUAUAUUUGUUAUCUACAUAGAUUCGAGUAUGCAGAUUAUAUUUUUUUACUGUACAAUGACAUAUUGUCUACCUAAUUAGUUAAUAAUCGGUAUUAGCAAUCGUGAGAUGUACUUCAUACUAUAAAAUUGUAAAUUACCCCUACACAUCUGAAAUAAGCUUAUUUGUACUUUUUGUGCUGAAACAAUUGAGGGCUUCAAUAUAUUUUUAGUUUUUUGUUAUAUUUCUUAUCAAAUGUAGAACAUACAGAAAGGAAUAAAAUCAUUCUCGAUUGUGUACUAAUUUAAACUAUUUACUUCUUUUUUAAGAAAUAAUUUUCAUACUUGAAUUCUUUUUUAACUUGUUACUAUUUCAUUAUACAUGGUAAAUUUCUCUUUUGUAUUAAGUAUUUUAUGAGUCACAAAUUGAGUAAAUAUUUUCUGUCCCCUCUUUCUAAUGUUAAAGUAAUCAUGUGUUCUCUUACUUCUUGAUAUAACUGUCAUUCUAUUAUAAUUCACUUGGUAUUGUUUUACUUGAAUCUUCCCAUUGAUGUUAUAGGACUCAUCAAUUUCAGUCCUAAAACAUCAAUUGUAAGAUUCAAGUAAAACAAUACCAAGUUAAUUAAACUUCACCCCAUUGCACAAGCAAGUGGCUAUCAGGACUCAGUAGCUAAGUGAAUAACGCGAUGGCGUUUGAAGCGAACGGUACUGAAUUCGAGUCCCAGAGUGAACAUCAACUCUGAGAUGCAGGUACAUCCAGCUGACGAGUCCCAAACAGGACGAAACGCGCGUCCUGGAUUCCACUGCUAGCCACUACCCAUGUCAUUCUAUUAUAUUUUAAGACAUUUUGGUUUCUCACUAUAUCUAGCUAUUCGGCAUUGCUUCAUAUGGAAUGUUAACAUCCAGAAUAUUUAUGGCUCAUGAAUUUAUAUAGAUAUGUGAUGGUCUUAAUUAUUUGUUAUUGAUUAGUACGUUCAUUCAUACAAUGUACUCUUGAUUUUUUAGUUCAAGUACAGUUUAUAAACAUAUAUAAUUACAUCAAAUUAUCACAAUUAUUCAGUUUCUUUUCAAUAUAUGCGUCUUGUUUUCGGCUACAAUUUCUCUACUAUCAAUCUCCCUAAACGUUUUUAGAUGUGUUAGUGUAGUUGAUUAGAAGUCGUUUAUUACCAAGUGCAGGUUCGGCUUUUCUUUAUAUUUUUAGAGUGGGCUGACAGUACUAUCUGGCUUCCUAAACUAAAGUAGAUUUAACAAAAUUUGAACCUGGACCUCAGUAAUUGAAAGUCAAGUACUAUAACUACUAAGCUGUCUAUCCAUAGAGGUUCCCCUUCCAGCCAUAAAGAAAGUACAAAUAUUGAAGCAAUCUUGACUGCUUGGAAUCACUUUUAUCUCAGUUACGUUUUUAGACAACAGGAAAAAAUUUAUUGACAUUUGAAUUACUUACUGAUGCAAAUUGCUGAAAAACGUCAGUUAGAAAAUGUUAACACUUUAUAUACUGCAAUUCAUAAACUCAAACAAAAAAUUCAGGAUUUAGUCAUCAAAGCGGAAACUCAAGGUGACCAAUGUGACUGGCCAAGAUAUCUUAGUACACUAGCGUUAUGUGCAUCAGAACUAAGUGAAAUUCGGAAAAUACUUGAAUCCGAUCGAUUUUCAAAUGAACAUACCCUGGUGCUUACACCAAUGUUGUUAAAUCCGGAACAAGAUACUAAUUUAGCUAAAAUUACAGAAGAACGUCUUUCACUAUUCAAUCAUGAUACUGUACCUCAAUAUCUUCGAACUAAAUUAGAUCCAAAGGUUGAAAGUGAAUGUUCUAGUCAAUCCACACGAGCCGCUGGUAUACCAUCGGAGCAGGUGAACAAAUUUAUCAAUUUGUCAAAUCGUGCGAUUGAUUGCAGUCUAAAGGAGAUCAAUUUAUUAAAACAAGAUUUAGAAGCUGAUUUUUCUGAUCGACAAAAUAAAAUCUCAUCAAAUUUAGAUGACUUAGCUACCCUUGUAAAUAUUAUUUCUCAUAAAAAAGGUCCAAACACUUCUAAUUUAUAAUCACCUUAAUCAUAAUAUUUAUGUCUUACCACAUACAUUUUCAACGUCUUUUUGGAAGCGUGACUCACUAGUGGUGGUCAAUGAUUCUAUAGAAGGCACAAGUGUCUUUUUAUUUUCCUCGGUCUCAAAUAUCGCAAUCAUAAUCUAACAAAUGUAUUAUGAGUCUUUCAUACAACGUUUUCCAAUUGUAAACUUUGAUAGCAAAAGAACAAAUAUGGUAGCAAAUUACGUGAAUUCAUUUAUUUCGUGGAUUACCUGUUACUUAAAAUACAAA